ACAAAAUAUCAAAAGGGUCGCGUCGUAUUGUCAUCGACAGCACCCACGCUUUGCGUGAGCCAAGACAAGACGAGCCCAUCUCAGCGGCCAUGUUUGCAUCGUGUGGUGUAAAAGGUUUUUCGGUGUGUGUUUGAAGUUUUUAAAGCUUAAUCAUGCAAGUGUCGGACACGAAUAACGUUAAGAUCUACAAUCUUAGCGUUGGGAGGUCAUUGCCAGAAUGGCUCUCCGACCGGAAAAAGCGCAUGCUGGCAAAAAAGCACUCGGACAUCAGGCAUCGCAUAGAGCUCAUCCAAGACUUUGAUAUGCCUACAGUAAGCAACUGCGUGAAGAUGUCGAAAGACGGCCAGUACAUUCUUGCCACGGGCAUCUACAAGCCACGUGUACGUUGUUUCGAAGUAUCCCAACUAUCGAUGAAGUUCGAGAGGUGCUUCGACUCGGAAGCAGUUACCUUCGAGGUGUUAAGCGACGACUAUUCCAAGAUUGUGUUUCUUCAGUGCGAUCGCUAUGUCGAGUUCCACGCAAACUACGGGCGUUACCACAGACUUCGGAUACCCAAGUUUGGCCGAGAUAUGGCUUACCUCCCGGCUACGUGCGAAAUGUAUUUCGCCGCAGACGGGCCUGAAGUGUACCGACUGAAUUUGGACUUGGGUCAGUUUUAUGCGCCCCUGGUCACCGAGGCGUCGUCAGUUAAUGUGUGCCGAGUGAAUCCAUAUCACAAUUUAAUUGUUUUCGGCACAGAAGAGGGGAAAGUGGAAGCGUUCGAUCCUAGAUGUAGGACUAGGGUCGGUGUUCUUGAGUGUGCGCUAAAUAGUGUGACAGAAGAUACAGAGGUCGUUGGAAUGCCUUCGGUUACGGCGUUAGAAUUUCGUGACGCGCUCAUGUUAGGUGUCGGGAUGGGGACUGGACAGUCACUUCUCUUUGACAUUAGGUCUGAUAAGCCUCUUUUGGUGAAAGACCACUUCUAUGGCCUCCCAAUAAAACGUUUGAGGUUUCAUCCAGAAGCAGACAUCGUGCUUAGCAUGGACUCAAAAGUUGUCAAACUGUGGGACAGGGUCUCUGGCAAAGCAUUCACAUCAAUCACCGCACCCGCGGAUCUAAAUGACUUGUGCCUUGUUGGUAACUCUGGCCUCAUGUUUCUUGCCAACGAGGACACAAAAAUGCUUUCGUACUUCAUUCCCAGCCUUGGACCAGCUCCGAAGUGGUGUUCGUUCCUGGAUAACCUCACGGAAGAGUUAGAGGAAACUCAUCAUGACACUACGUAUGACGAUUAUAAGUUUUUGACACGUCAAGAGUUGGAGAGUUUGGGGUUGGGGCAUCUGAUUGGCACAAACCUGCUUCGGGCGUACAUGCAUGGUUACUUCAUCGACAUCAGGUUGUACCAUAAAGCUAAAGCACUGGUGCAGCCAUUCAGCUAUGAUGAGUAUAAGAAGAAGAAGAUAAAGGAAACUAUAGAAGCUGCUAGAGUGAACAGAGUCAAGAGUGCAUCUAAGCUGCCUGCUGUCAACAGAAGCCUGGCACAGAAAUUGCAAGAAGCCGAAGAAUUCGAACCUGAUAAUGCAAAGCAGAAAAAGAAAGCAAAGUCAGCCACAGGCUUGCUGCAUGACACACGAUUCAAAGCCAUGUUUGAGAACAAGGACUUUGAGAUCGAUCCGUCCAGUGAGGAAUUUAGGUUGCUCAAGCCAGUUGUUUCUAACUUUGAAAAGCAGAAAAUUAGGAGACAGCAGAAAGAAGCUGUCGAGCCCAUAGGGGUUAUGGAUCUGUUCACUCCAGUUGAGGAGGAAAAACCUGCAGAUUCCACUGAAGAGAGUUCGUCCGACGACGACCGAUCUACUGCCGACGUAACGCGGCAAGCGAGGGACAGCAAGUCGGGUGGUGCAAAGCAGCCUCGAAUGUACGAGCUGAAGAGUGGCAUUCAGUUCGAUGGUAGUCUUCAGAAGUCUGGAAAGGUUGUGCAGAAGGAAAAGCAUGCCAGGAAAUUGACACUUGAACAGAGGUUACAGAGUGAGGCUGGUAGCGAACUGGCCUGUAGUGGCGCUGGCGGAAACAGAGCCAUGACAUUUGAUCUGCGCAAGACUCCGAAUCAACAGAGGUGGGAGGAAGAAAAGAGGAAGCACCUUGAAGAACGACGGAAGAGUCGGCGGUCUACAAAGGGACUGAAAAUGAAAGCUUUUAAAUGAUCAAACGGACACCUUCAGAGAAAGGUUGAUGUUAGCAGUGGGGUUGAUGUAAGUGUAAAUAAAAGAUAAACAGUC